AUGGCACCAGAAUAUGCAACCAGAGGAGCCAUCACUGUUAAAGUUGAUGUCUAUAGUUUCGGGAUCCUUCUUCUUGAAAUCGUUAGUGGCAAAAAUAAUGCAGAUUAUAGUGGAAACCAAGAAUCUGUUUUCCUUCUCAAUACGGCUGGUAAAUUACAUGCAAGGGGCAAACUUGCAGAAUUAGUCGAUGAAAGAAUGAACCGAUAUGAUUGGGAUCAAGCCAACACCAUCCUGACCUUAGCAAUUAUGUGCGUCGAUUUGUCGCCUUCUAUCAGGCCUUCAAUGUCUCAAAUUCUGAGUGUACUUGAAGGUGGAAAAACAGUUGAGGAGGUUUCUAAAGAGGUCAAUAACUCAGCAUGA